GAACAGAAUAUUAUAGCAGGGAGCUAUUUUGAACGUCUGCAAUCCCUUCCGUGGCUAUAGAUUGGCUAGAUCAGACAGGACUAUAAGAGCUCCGAUGAAGGAGUAACUGGUAUCAGUUCUCGACUCUUUCUUUAGGCAAGGACAGCUCCUAUUCUCUAAGCGCUUGACUAACACGACUGAAAUAUUAAUCACGAUAAAAAUUUAACGUUUCAACAUGAAGAUUCUAUUGGUAUUUUUGGCUUACCUGACUCUUGUGUACUGCGGCAAAACUAAAAAGCAGAUUCUUGAUCAUGAAAUAGUCGACGGUUAUGAAUUUGAGUACACAGGUGCAACCGGACCAGAGUUAGGCUUGAUUGAAUCAAAUUCUCAUUAUGUCGAAGCUGCGCCCGUCAUAGCAGUUGCUGCGAGUGGUCAUCGUUCGAGUCAUCUUGUGCGACCUGGUUACAGCGUGGGUGGUCCUUUGGCCAGUAUAGCUAAAGGAGCUGCUGAUCAGGCUAAGACACAAUUGAAUCAACAACCAUCGGCUGCUGGACAGGCAGCGUAUGUAGCGAAGAACACUUUGGCUCAAGCGGCGGCACAAUCCGCGGCAACAGCGGCCGCAGCUUUAGCCGGCAAACAAAUUAUUGUGAUGGGUCUGGAACAACAGUCAAGGGAUGCGUACGUUGCAGUGGACGGUGAAAAGCAACAAUUGCAACAAGCUCAACGGGCAGCCGCGGCAGCAAAAAAUUCAGCGCAACAGGCGAUGCAUCAAGUGCAGGUGAUCACCACGGCGUUGAACGCGGCUCAGGCGACUGCCGAACAUGCUCAACAAGCUGCAGCUGAGGCUGCAGCCGAAUUGGCGGCGCAAACGACGAUGGUGGGCCAGGCUAAGGCACGUGCUGAAACGAUUGCCGAACAACUCGCGGCAGCACGUUUGGAUUUCGAGACGACGCAGGCAGCAGCGCAAAAAGCCGCCAACGCUGCUCAAGCUGCACAAAGCAAUGCCGCGGCCGCGGCCGCGCAUGCAGCUCAUACUGCAGCUGCGACUGUAGCAGCAAAUCACCAAGCCUCUUUGCACGACGACGAGCCGCUCGGUUUGGUGAACUCCCUACCCUUAGAUGCCUACGAUUAUAAGGGUUAUCAUCUUUGAAAAAAAGAGAGAUAGAGAGAUAGAAAGAAGAAAAAGAAGAAAAGAGGGGGAGAGAGAGAGAGAGAGAGAGAGAGACUCGAUCAUGACUCACAAACCACGCUCAUGUUUCCUCUUUUCGCAAGUAUACUUGCUCGGCAACAUGGAGCGCAACACGGCGCUCUGGCCAUCUUUUUUUCUAUUCUAUGAGACUCGACAACCAUACGUCACUAUGUUUAUGUGCCAAAUUGCACAAUAAAAUAUUGUUGCCAUUCUGAUCACUCUCUUUGUAUGUAUUUUCAUUUUCUUACUUUCUCCAAAAAAAUAUCUAAUUCUAUUCUUCGGUCGCUUUGACUUUCUGAUGAUUAUAAUCAUAUAAUUUAUAUAAUUAAUAAUUAUCUAUCAAAUUCAAAGCUUUUUUAUAUAAU